AUGCAACCUAAAACAAAGAAAGUAAAGAAAAUUGAGACCAGGGAGGAAAAGUUGGAAAAGAUAAAAUCUGUCCUUAAGGAUCUCUCCAGUGAGAUCGGAGAAGACCUUAGUGUUAGUGUGGAGACUGGAGAUGCAAACACUCCAGAGAUUGAGUUGACCGUCACAGAGAAGGAGGUGAAGACAUUAGAAAAAUCAGAAGGGAAGGCAUCAGUGAAGAACUCUAGUUCUAGUUCUAGUUCAUCAUCAUCCUCAUCCUCAUCGUCACUAGUAAAAUCAAAAACAGAAAGGGAACCAGCAGUUGAAACGACAGAAGAUAGUUCAGUGAGGAGCGUCGUUUUGACACCAAACACUGAGGCAAUCGACGCCUACCUCCAAGAAUUACAAGAAUGCCAAGAGAACAUGCUCAUUUUAAAUGUAGGAGGCACUAAAUUUGAAACCAGCAAGCCAACUAUGAGAGCUGAUCCAUCAUCAGUAUUCGCUCUUAUGCUUAAUCCCAAUAGUGCUUUUCGCCCUUGCAAAAAUGUCUAUAGUUUUGACAGGGAUCCAGCCCAUUUCAAGAUCAUCCUCAACUAUCUAAGGAACAAUUGUACCGUAGAGAAAAGAUACCUCCCAAGAGAACACCACUAUCUCAAUGAGCUUGCACAAGAAGCUAAGUUUUAUAAACUGUUUGGACUAAAAGCUAUUGUAGAGGAAAGGUUAAAUGACCUUUGUGCUUGUCGGUUUACUACCUGUUAA